AACAUUUCCUCGAACAAAAGACAAUUUUUUUUUGAAGUUCCUAAAGCAAGAAAAGAAAUUCGGCGUAGGAAGCAAAGCUGGCUAUAAGAAGAAGAAUCCCAUUCAUAUUCUCUCUUUCAUCAUCAUCAAGCAUUUAUUCGAUCCUCUCUUCCAUUUAAAGUUUUCUCGUUCAUGUCCGUAAUAGCAUCUCCACUACAAAAACCCUAGAUUUAUUUCAUUUCCUAAAUCAGAAAAAUUAUUAUUAUUCAUUUUGAUCUGCUGUUACAAUGCUGGGAAGAUCACUGGAAGUAUGGUUGAAGGAUUCAAUAGCUAGUGAAAGUUAUGGCGAUUUGAAUUUGGGGUUUUCAGGUAAUGUGUGUGGGGGUGGAGGUUUGUUUUUAGAUUCUUCAGUUACUUCAUUUGUUUCUUCAUUGAUUACAUCAUCAAGAACUGAUUUUUAUGAUCCUGAUGAUGUUAAUAAUGAUAGAUCAGUAAGUAUUUCUAGUAAUAGGGUUUGUUGGAAGCCGAUUCUUUCAAAGAGAUUUAAGAGAGAAAAUAAUAAGAGAAAUUAUGGAGUGAGUAAUGGUGGGUUGUUCUGUUCUGUUAGUUUAUCUUCUAUUAAUGGAAGUAACGAUGGCGAGGAAUUAGUUCAAGAAUCAAAUGGAUUUCUAAGUGAGAGUGGAGAAAUUAAAGAGGAGGCGAAAAUGGUGGUUGUUGAAAAGAAGAAAGUGGAAAAGAAAGUUGGGUUGCAAGGAACCGCUAAUGCUAUGAAUACUACUAAACAUCUUUGGGCCGGUGCUGUCUCUGCUAUGGUCUCAAGGACAUUUGUUGCUCCACUUGAGAGACUAAAGCUGGAAUAUAUAGUUCGUGGAGAACAGAAGAAUCUAGUCGACCUUAUCAAAACAAUUGCUGCAACUCAAGGCUUGAAAGGCUUUUGGAAGGGAAAUUUUGUCAACAUUCUUCGGACAGCUCCAUUUAAAGCAAUUAAUUUCUAUGCGUAUGAUACGUAUCGAAAGCAACUGCUUGAAUGGACUGGGAAUGAGGAAGCUACAAACUUUGAGAGGUUUAUUGCUGGUGCUGCAUCUGGCAUUACUGCAACCAUUCUCUGCUUACCUAUGGACACGAUCCGAACAAAGAUGGUAGCACCUGGUGGGGAAGCGUUGGGUGGUGUUAUUGGUGUCUUUCAGCACAUGGUUCAGACUGAAGGGUUCUUUUCUCUUUACAAAGGCUUACUUCCAUCUAUUAUAAGUAUGGCACCUUCUGGUGCAGUUUUCUAUGGUGUGUAUGAUAUACUGAAGUCGACUUAUCUCCAUUCACCAGAAGGAAAGAAGAGGAUUAAGAACAUGAAUGAGCAAGGUCAGGAACUGAAUGCUUUGGACCAGUUGGAGUUGGGUCCUGUCAGGACCCUUCUGUACGGGGCAAUUGCUGGGUGUUGUGCUGAAGCCGCCACAUACCCAUUUGAGGUUGUGAGGAGACAAUUGCAAAUGCAAGUCCAGGCCACAAAGUUAAGUACAUUGGCCACUUGCGUGAAGAUAAUAGAGCAAGGUGGCAUUCCUGCAUUCUAUGCAGGACUCACACCCAGUUUAUUACAGGUUUUACCCUCGGCAGCCAUAAGUUACUUCGUCUACGAGUUUAUGAAAGUUGUUCUUAAAGUUGAAUGAUACAAGAACUACGAAAAUGCAUCCCACUACAACUUCCAAGCUAAGCCUGGGUUGAAAUUUUAUCAAGGGAUGCGAAAAAAUAAUGUUGUAUUUUGGCCUGUCAUCAAGGCGUCUUUGAAUGAAGAAAUAUGUGUGUUCUAUCUAUGCCUGUGCAUAGUCGUCAGCGCAUAUGUUUUAUAUGGGUACUACCCAAGUAAUGUUUGACUAUAAGAAAAUUUGUAUUUUGAUGUCUUGAUGCUGUAUUUCAACUUUGGGGAAUUUGUAAGAGAAUUUAUCCUUGGUGGGUAACAAUGAGCACCGCCAUCUCGAAUUGUUUUGA